AUGUCUACUAAAAGGCUAUUCGGAGGCACGACUAUACUUUUCCUCCUCGCCCUCCUUGUUCCUGACCCCACCGGUCGCACCCCUCCCUUCCCAUCGGCUUCUCGCCUUCUCCUCCACACUGCAGCCGCAUGCGCACUCCCCUUCCCUCCCCGCUCACCUCCUUUUCCCCCUGCUCUCUUCCUCUCCCCCCUUCUCUCCUCCUCUCCCCCCUGCUCUCCUCCUCUCCCCCCUGCUCUCCUCCUCUUCCCCCUGCUCUCCUCCUCUUCUCCCUGCUCUCCUCCUCAUCCCGCUGCGUUGCUCUCUUUCCCCCCCUCCUGCAAUCAGCGACGUGGGGCGUGGGUCGUCAUGCCACCACCUAACGAGCAAAUGCUCCUCUCUCCCCGCUCAUACCCUUCCCCCUCUCUCUCCGCCCCUCCCCCCCCUCUCUCAACCUCUCUCCCUCAGCAGUCCUGCUUGGAGGAAUUUUAUGCCAUGACGCAUCGAUUCAUUCACCCAGCAACUGCUAUUCCCUCUACUUCGCUCCUCUGCCAUCCCACUUGUCGUCAGUUGUCAAAGAUUUGGGAGGCGCCACAAGGAGUUGUCAAAGUCCCGCCUCUCAAGGAGCUAUCGGAGGUGUGGGGCAUCGACUUAGUGAGCGGCGGGGACUGCGCAGAAUCUAGCUUCCAGCGUCACUCGUUUCGCGCUUCGACACCAUUCCAGACGUCAUCACCAACCUCACACGACUCACCUCCCUGUGAGCCACUCUCCCUGCGCUCUCCCUCCCUGCGCUCUUCCUGCGCCCUCUCCCUGCGCUCUCCCUCCCUGCGCUCUUCCUGCGCCCUCUCCCUGCGCUCUCCCUCCCUGCGCUCUUCCUGCGCCCACCCUCUGCGCUUCGACACCAUCCCAGAUGUGAUCACCAACCUCACACGACUCAUCGCCCUGUCACCCUCUCACCUCCCUGUAACAGGAGAGCACGGCAGGGAUCUGGGGUUCGUCAGCAUCGGAGGCACCCUACCCGCCAGCAUGGGUAACAUGCCCAACCUGCAGAAGCUGGUGAUCGGCCAGGUGGACUCGGGGAGCAUCCCGGCCUCCUUUGGCAACAUGUCCAGCCUGCAAGAACU